UCCGAGGUCCACUUUGUGAGCUGGAGAUGCCUCGGCGAAGGCCAAUGCGAGUGUGAGGUUAAAAUCCGAGCCGAUUCGCGACCUAUGUGGCGAAAAAAGAGCGACACGGAGUGAGCUAUCCUCGGCUAACUGGCUUUGAUGCACUCCUGGUGAUGCUAGCUAAGCGCUUUGGAGAUGUGACGAAAGGGAAGACAUUGGUGAUAUUGAGCAGCCUGGACAUUCACGCGACCCCUUGACCUCAUCUUCAGCAUGAAUGGUGAUAUGCCUCAUGUUCCCAUCACUACUCUUGCUGGAAUUGCUAGCUUAACAGACUUGUUAAACCAGCUGCCUUUGCCAUCUCCUCUUCCUGCCACCACUGCUAAGAGUCUUCUCUACAAUGGAAGGAUCUCCGAAGAGGUCAGCAGCCUGCUGGUGUGUCGAGAUGAAAAUCUGGUGACACAGCUGGCACACAGCCUCAACCAGGUCUCCACUGAACACAUAGAGCUGAAGGACAACUUGGGGAACGAUGAACCUGAGGGUGACAUGCCAAUGCUUCUCCAAACUUUGCUGUCCAGGAACCCCAAAAUCUUCAGGGACAAAAGUGUAAUGCAGCAGCCGAUGAUGCAGCAGUAUAAGAUGUCUCAAAAUCAGGUCCAUGGGAGUCCAGCAUCAAACUAUCAGCAAACCACUGUCCCUCAAAGCCCCUCCGGAUGCUUUACAUCCCCACAGUCCGGAUCAGGUUCUCGGUUCGUACCCCAGCAGAACAGUCCUAUACCUAGUCCAUACACCCCUCAGAGUCCUGCAGACUACAUGCAGUACAAUCCACCCAGUUAUUCUCAGCACCAGCAGAGUCAGCAAGUUGCUGGUAGUGUGAGAAAUAUCCACCACAACAAAGUCUCUGGACAGCUAUCGAGUAAUUCAUCCAAUCACGAUGGGAGAUUAGGCUCAGAUGAGGACUACAUGAACGUGGCUCAUAGGCUGGGAAAUGAGGAGAACGACUCCUCCACGAAGGCUGCUGCAUUUUCAGUUAAAUCACCACAAUCUGCGUGUUCCCCUGCUGCAAGUGAAGAGACGAGAAAAACAGGGUCCAGACCUCCUCUCAUCAUGCACUCUCCUCCACCUGAUGUGCAACGAGGCGUAGCACCUGACCUCCUCCUCACCUCGGCCGACCGCAAAAAGAGGCUGAAGGAGAGGAGUAAAGAAGAAAAUGAGCAGAUGGACAAAAAUGCCUUGUAUGACAUAGUGAGUUCUCCAUCAAAAGACUCUUCGAGGCUGACUUUAAAACUGUCGAGAGUGAAGAUUCCAGACAUGGAUCAGCCUGAAGAACUUCCCCUUAGGGCACAUAUGGAGUCAGACCACGAAAAGGUUAUAGUGAAUAAUAAUAAUAAUCAGUUGUCAAGGACUUCCCAGGACAUUUCACACAAGUUGGGGGAAGAAGAGCAGGCAAACUGUCAACAGGCUGUGGUGCGACCAAGUACCAAGGAGACUGGAGUCAUCAGUGGAGUUGUUUUUGACGAUGCCGAGAUAGACGCGAUUGCAGAAAUUGAAAGAAUAGAACGCGAGUCAGCCAGUGAGAGAGAACGAUGGUCUAAAGAAGUCCAGGAUAAAGACAAACCAUUGAAGAAACGGAAGCAAGACUCGUAUCCUCAGGAACCCGGAGCAGAAGCAAGCGAGGGGCCGACUGUACAUGGAGGCAGUGGUAUCAGCAAGCUGACACCCAAGAAGACGAAUGCUGCAAGUAAUGGUGCCAGUCGGCCUGCUCUGAUGGUCAGUAUUGAUCUGCAACAGGCUGGCAGAGUAAUCGGACAGCCUGUGGUGGUCUUGGAAUCACCGCAGAUGUGUGAGGAUCACCUUCGUCGCCUGAAGUCAAACACUGAUGGAAAGGUCAAUAAAGUUGUUGAUAGCAGACCUGAGAUCAUCAAACAGCACACCGACACCCUUCAGAAGUCUGGCUCAGAUGGGCAGCCAGAAACGCAGAAGCAGAAGCAGGAAAGCCGGCGCGAAUCAAAACACAGACAUGACAACAAAACUGACGGAGGACAGGGAGACUCAGAUGACAGACGGCCAGACACGCCACGGCAGAAACAUGACAAACAUUCAGACUCACGCCACAAAGAGGAAAAGAACCACAAAAGUCACCGAUCCCAAGUCAGCAGACCUGAAACUCCAAAAACCGUGAGCAAGGCGGAGCGCAACUCCAGGCAUGGAGAAGAGAAAGGCAGGGAUAAAGAAAGGGAGAAGGACAGAGACAGACAAAAGGACAAAGAACGAGACAGGGAGAAAGAAAGAGACAGGGAGAAAGAAAGAGACAGGGAGAAAGAACGAGACAGGGAGAAAGAAAGAGACAGGGAGAAAGAACGAGACAGGGAGAAAGAACGAGACAAGGACAAAGAACGAGACAGGGACAAAGAACGAAACAAGGAGAAAGAACGAGACAGGGAGAAAGAACGAAACAAGGAGAAAGAACGAGACAGGGACAAAGACAAACACAAAGACUUAGAUAGAGAAAAAGACAGAGAUAAAGAUAGAGACAGAGAAAAGAAUAGAGACAAAGAAAGAGACAAAGACAGAGAACGAGACAAAGACAGAGAAAAAGACAGAGACAAAGAAAGAGACAAAGAAAGAGACAGGGACAAGAAACACAAGACGUUGUCAAAAGAAAACUGCAACAAAACCUCACCUGACCAGCAUACGAAGCCUGAAAUCUCUAGACUGAAGCAAGAUGGAAGCAGAAAAUCAGCUGACCUCAAUGGUCGACAGAGGACAGGCAGUUCCGGUGUUCAAACUCCCCAAAAUAAGGAGCAAAGGACAAGCGGGGAUGGCAACAUUAGCUGCCAAACUGGAAACAAACGGCAGUCUUCGGAGACAAAACCUAGCGAGUUCCCCUCUUACCUGCUGGGUGGCAAGUCAGGAAGUCUGAAGAACUUUGUGAUUCCUAAAUUGAAACGAGAUGGAAAAGAACCCCAACUUGGAAGUAAAAUGGUUGAGGGCUGGAGCGAACCACGAGUAAGACUGGAGAGAGUGUCGUUGGUAGAGAACCUAAACAAAGGCGCUAAACCUGUCGUUGUGGUUAAGAAACUCAGUGUUGAUGAGGUAAAAAGGAUGAUUAAAGAAAGCAGGAAUGCACACAGCUCCAAAUCCAGGAACUGGUCCUCCUUGGAUAAAUCAGGAAGAGAGUCUUCUUUUUGUGAGAAAAACAAGCGAAGGCACAGUGUGAUUAGUAAGAAAUCCAAAUAUGCUGAGCUGGAUUCCUCAGAAGAUGACGACAGUGAUAGAGACUCUGACUGUGAGACUGCAAGGAAAAGGCACAAGAAAGACCAUGACAAGACAUGGAAGUACGAGGAGAAGAGAGGUUCUGGAGAUCACAGACGAAGUGGUGGACGGGGGUCUGGUAGUCGUCAUCACCAAUAUAGAGAAGAAGAUUCAGAUGAAGACUCUCCCCCACCAAGUUUGAGUGACGUUGCCAAAAGAAUGAAGAAAAAGGAGAAACAGAAAAACAGGAAAGCGUACGAAUCUAAGCUGACACCAGAGGAAAUGAUGGAUUCUUCCACAUUCAAGAGAUUUGCAUCUAGUGUCGACAACAUUCUUGAGACUCUGGAGGACGUCGACCUUACUGCUGCAGAUGAUGAUGAGAUACCUCAAGAGAUCCUACUUGGAACGCAGCAGUUGAGCGAACUAGGCAGCAAUUCUGCUAAACUUAAAGCUAUGGGCAUCUUUAACAAGUUUUCAUCCAGUAAACUGGUGAAGAUUUUGAAUAUCCUGGAGAAGAACAUUCAGGACAGCGUCAAACUUUCCACAAUGAUGAAUCAUGAUAAUGAUUCCAUGGAUGAGGAGCGGUUGUGGCGUGACCUCAUCAUGGAGCGGGUGACGAAGUCUGCUGAUGCCUGUUUGACUGCGCUCAAUAUAAUGACAUCUCCACACAUGCCCAAGGCAGUUUACAUCGAGGAUGUGAUUGAGAGGGUGUUGCAGUACACCAAAUUCCAUCUUCAAAACUCUUUGUACCCUCAGUAUGACCCUGUCUACAGAGUGGGUCCCCAUGGAGGUGGCAUGCAUACUUCAAAGUCCAAGAGAGCAAAGUGUUCCACCCACAAACAGAAGGUGGUAGUCAUGCUCUACAACAAAAUAUGUGAUAUUAUCAGCAACAUCUCAGAGCUCCUUGAGAUCCAGCUGCUCACUGACACCACAAUUCUUCAGGUGUCCACUCUUGGUAUUACGCCAUUUUUCGUGGAGAAUGUCAGUGAACUGCAGUUAUGUGCCAUCACACUGGUGACAGCAGUGUUCUCUCGUUACGAGAAGCACAGGCAGCUCAUUCUUGAAGAGAUUUUCACCUCCCUGGCUAGACUGCCUACUAGUAAACGCAGCCUCAGGAAUUUUAGGCUAAACAGCAGUGAUUCGGAUGGAGAGCCCCUGUAUAUCCAGAUGGUCACAGCUCUGGUUCUUCAGCUCAUCCAGUGUGUGGUUCACCUUCCCUCUGACAGAGAGACAGAGGAAGAACAUAAUAAGAAGGUGGAUAAAGAUGUCCUUAUUACAAACUCUUAUGAAACUGCCAUGAGGACAGCUCAGAACUUCCUCUCAGUGUUUCUCAAAAAGUGUGGCAGUAAACAGGGAGAGGAGGACUACAGGCCUCUGUUUGAGAACUUUGUCCAUGACCUGCUGUCUACAGUCAACAAGCCUGAGUGGCCUGCAGCUGAACUGCUGCUCAGUUUACUGGGUCGGCUGUUGGUGCACCAGUUCAGUAACAAGCAGACAGAAAUGGCGCUCAGGGUGGCGUCGCUAGACUACCUUGGCACUGUUGCUUCUCGCCUGCGUAAAGAUGCUGUCACCAGCAAGAUGGACCAAAAGGCUAUUGACCGCAUCCUCAGAGAGAUCCAAGGCAGCGAUGAAACACAGCAACUCCAGAAGGCUUUGUUAGACUUCCUAGAUGAGAACAUUGAGACAGAUCCAGCUUUAGUGUUUGCCAGGAAGUUUUACAUCGCCCAGUGGUACAGGGACACUACAAGCGAGGCAGAAAAAGCAAUGAAGUCCCAAAAUGAGAUCGAUGAGGACGUGAAAGGUCGACGUCAUUCCAACGAUGUUGAUUCAACUGGGGAGAUUAUGCAGAAGGCCGAGGCAAGGAAGAAAUUCCUCCGCAAGGCUAUCAAGGCUUCACCAUCUCAUUUCAGUUCUCUGAGGAUGAACUCUGACACGGUGGACUAUGAGGACUCCUGUCUGAUUGUCAGAUAUCUGGCCUCUAUGAGGCCAUUUGCACAGAGCUUUGAUAUUUAUUUAUCACAGAUUCUGAGAGUGCUGGGUGAGAGCGCCAUUGCAGUUAGAACUAAAGCCAUGAAGUGUCUGUCUGAGGUGGUGGCUGUGGAUCCAAGUAUUCUGGCAAGGUUGGAUAUGCAGCGCGGGGUUCAUUGUCGCCUCAUGGACAACUCCACCAGUGUACGAGAGGCAGCUGUGGAGCUUCUUGGCCGUUUCGUGCUGAGCCGACCUGAGCUCAUUGAGCAAUACUAUGACAUGCUAAUUGAAAGGAUAUUGGACACAGGCAUCAGUGUGAGAAAAAGGGUCAUCAAGAUCUUGAGAGACAUUUGUCUGGAGCAGCCAGACUUCCACAAGAUCACUGAGAUGUGUGUCAAGAUGAUCCGGAGGGUCAACGAUGAAGAAGGGAUCAAGAAACUGGUGAAUGAGACAUUCCAGAAACUCUGGUUCUCCCCGACACCCAGUCAUGACAAAAAAGCCAUGACCAGAAAGAUUCUGAACAUCACAGACGUGGUGUCGGCAUGUAAAGACUCAGGCUAUGACUGGUUUGAGCAGCUUCUCCAAAAUCUGUUGAAGUCAGAAGAAAAUGCUUCAUACAAGCCUACCAAGAAGGCUUGUGUUCAGUUGGUGGACAAUCUAGUGGAACAUAUACUAAAGUAUGAAGAGUCUCUUGCAGACUGCGAGGACAAAGGGGUCAGCUCAGGUCGUCUGGUUGCCUGCAUCACCACUCUCUACCUGUUUAGUAAAAUCAGAGCACAGUUGAUGGUCAAACAUGCCAUGACUAUGCAGCCCUACCUGACCACCAAGUGUAAUACUCAGAAUGACUUCAUGGUCAUUUGUAACGUGGCCAAGAUCCUGGAGCUGGUGGUGCCUCUGAUGGAGCACCCAAGUGAAACUUUCCUCACAACCAUAGAAGAAGACCUGAUGAAGCUUAUCAUCAAAUACGGCAUGACGGUUGUACAACACUGUGUGAGCUGUCUUGGUGCUGUUGUGAACAAGGUCACACACAACUACAAGUUUGUCUGGGCUUGUUUUAACCGGUACUAUGGCGCUCUGGCAAAACUGAAGACACAGCACCAGGAGGACUCCAGCAGCUCCACUCUGGCUGCUAACAAACCGACUCUCCUGCGCUCGCUGUUCACUGUGGGGGCUCUCUGUCGACACUUUGACUUUGACCAAGAAGAGUUCAAGGGUGCCAACAAGAUUAUCAUCAAGGACAAAGUGUUGGAGCUUCUGCUGUACUUCACCUCUCAUGAGGAAGAGGAGGUCCAGAUAAAGGCCAUCAUCGGUCUAGGGUUCCAGUUCAUCAUGCACCCAGAGCUCAUGUUUGUGCAAGAUGUGAAGGUUCUGUAUAACAACACCCUGUCAGAUGAGAGCACUUUGGUCGGUUUGAAGAUCCAGGUGCUCAAGAAUCUGCAGAUAUACCUGCAGGAGGAGGACUCUCGAAUGCAAGAGGCUGACCGUGAAUGGAAGAACCAGGCCAAGCAGGAGGAUCUAAAGGAAAUGGGGGACAUCUCAUCAGGCAUGAGCAGCUCCAUAAUGCAGAUUUACCUGAAGCAGGUGCUGGAAUCCUUCUUCCACUCACAGUCCAACGUUCGGCACUUUGCCCUGAGUGUCAUUACGAUGACUCUGAGCCAGGGCCUCAUCCAUCCUGUGCAGUGUGUGCCCUACUUGAUUGCCAUGGGAACAGAUCCAGAGCCAACCAUGAAGAACAAGGCCGAUCAACAGCUGGUGGACAUCGACAAGAAAUAUUCAGGCUUCAUCCAUAUGAAGGCUGUUGCAGGGUUGAAGAUGUCUUAUCAGGUGCAACAGGCCAUACAUGGACCCAGUAAGGCUGUGAUCCGAGGUUUUCGUCACGAUGACUCAGACUCGGCUCUCUGCUCUCAUCUCUACACCUUGGUCCGAGGGAACCGACAACAUCGACGGGCUUUCCUCCUUUCCCUGCUCAACCUGUUUGACGACAGCUCCAAAACAGGGGUGAACAUGCUGCUCUUCAUAGCAGACAACUUGGCCUGCUUCCCAUACCAGACCCAGGAGGAGCCUCUGUUCAUCAUGCAUCACAUAGACAUUACCCUGUCUGUCUCUGGCAGCAACUUGCUGCAGUCUUUCAAGGAGUGUUUACGGAAAGAGCCUGUGAGGCACGAAAAGAAGAUGAAGACGAAAAAGAAGAAGAAGAAGAAGCAUCAUCAUUCAAGACGGAAGAAAUACAGCUCUGAUGAGGAUGAGGAUGAAGACGAGGAUGAUGACAGCAGUAGCGAAUCCAGUAGCAGCGAUGAGGACGAUGAUGCGGCCCACAGGCGGAAGAAAUCCGCGCCCUCUGAUUCUGACUCCGAAGAUGAAGAUGCAGUGAUGGACCGCCUACCCGAAAACCCCAACCCUCUGCUGGAGUUUGCCAGUGCGUCACAGGGUAUCCUGCUGCUGCUGGUGCUCAAACAGCAUCUGAAGAAUCUGUACGGCUUCUCAGACAGCAAAAUCCAGAAGUAUUCACCGACAGAGUCUGCCAAAGUAUACGACAAGGCAGUGAACAGGAAAGCGAAGGUGCACUUCAACCCUGGUCAGACACUGGAUUACCUAAAGAGUGAUCUCGCCAACAUGGAUCUCAGCGACGAGAUCAAGAGGAAUAUUGUGAAACAGUAUUUGGAUUUCAAGGUACUGAUGGAGCACUUGGAUCGCGAUGAAGAAGAUGAGGAGGGCGAAGCAAAUGCCAACGCCAGAAACAAAGCCAUUACUUCGCUGCUGAGGGGCCCAAAAACCCAGAACCACAACCACAGUAAUCACGCCGCUCCGGUGGAGUCCGAUGAGGAGGAGAGUGACGAUGAAGAUCCCCCUGCGCGAAAGCCAAGGAAAGGCGGAGAUUCUGCUGAGGAUUCAGGUCACAUGAAGGAGACAGUGGAGGCCAUGGAUGUAAUUGCCAUCUGCUGUCCCAAAUACAAAGACCGGCCACAGAUUGCCAGAGUCAUCCAGAAGACCAAGAGCGGCUACAGUAUACACUGGAUGACCGGAACUUACUCGGGACCCUGGACUGUGGCAAAGAAACGGGACGGUCGCAAAAAGGUGCCUUGGGUCGACAAUAUCAAGGAGUCAGACAUUAUUUACAAGAAAAUCUCCUUAACAAGCGGACAGAAGCUCUCGAGCAAAGUGGCACAGACGUUACGGGCGCUUUACGCUGCCAAGAAGGGGACUAUGAGCUAAUCUCCCUCACAACCCAGAUCUAUGGAUCCGAUAUGUUACAUACAGAGAGAAAGUGAAACCUCUUUAGAUUUAAGGCCCCGUUGGAAGUAAAGUAUUGCGAACACUGAUCUGUUUAAAUACAGAUAUGUUAAAACACGAGAAAAACACGAGAAGGAAAUGUUUUGGAAAACAUUGUGUGGGAGUUCCUUCGCUGUUGUGCAGCAACUUGGUUGUUUGAUUUUUACUCCCACUGUAUUGUAUCAUAGUUUAACUAAAAAACAUGUUUAUACCUGAACAUAAUUCUGUAAAAAAAUAAAGUGAAUGUUGGAAAUUAGUGUAUUGAUGAUGUUCUUAAUAAAGUGUUUUUGGAAUUUAAA